AUGCUCGCCCGUGGCGGCCGUGGCCUCCAAAGGAUUUAUUAUAACUUACGACCGGUGGCUGAGGAGUACUAUCCGGAACCGGUGAAAGUUCCAUUGAGGCCUGCGGAAAUUCCGGAGUACGAUAACGCGGUUAUCCGACUGGACAAAUUUUUCGUUGGGAAACGGAACGACCGUGUGGAGUUGGAAUUGUUCCGGUCGUUGAGGCAGAUGAACGAUGAGCCUUUCAGCCAGUUUCUUCUGAAACUUCGCGCCCAAGCUGCACGGUGCGACUUUAAGGAUCGUGAAGAAACCGAAAUUCUUCAGCAAAUUUCAAUGGCGGCACACGAUGAAAGGGUUCGUGACAAGGGCCUCGAAGGAGUUAUGAAAUUAGAUGACUUAACCAGCUAUGCUAUUAACCGUGAAUUGAUGGUGAAACAGAAAGCAAAGUCGAAGCAGUUUGCCGAAACAAACACUGGUUUGUUAGCUGCGGUCUCUCAGCCAUCGGCGCGGGCUAGAAAUGGACUCCGACCAAAUCGUUCAGAAAGAUGGGGAGGGAGUAACUCAAACCGUGCUUGGCGUGAUCGUCGAAACAUGUGGAGCAAGUUCGGAUGCGAAAAUUGCGGAUUCGAGGGUCAUGCUGCUGGAUCUGCCAAUUGCAAAGCUAAACAUGCCGUGUGUAACAGGUGCUCUGACACAGGCCAUUAUGCCAGGAAAUGUCCCAACUGGCGCAGCGUCGAGCGCAAUCAUAACCAAGGAAACAUCCAACGGAUGAAACGGCCAUACAAUGUUUCGGAUUGGCCAAAGAAUGACUGUGUUAUUACUUGCAAAUUGGAUAACUAUUCAGUAGAAUUUCUAAUCGAUUCAGGAGCGUCCAUUAAUACAAUUACAGAAGAAGUAUGGCAAUCGAUUAAAUUUAAUCGGGUCAAAAUUUUCAACCUGAAGCAUGAUUGUGAUCGACAGUUCUUGGCCUACGCCAGUCAAACUCCGUUGCGAGUCCUAGCAGUAUUUGAAGCCCACAUUUCUGUCGACGCAUCGAAGCCGAAAACUUAUGCUGAGUUUUUCGUGGUGGAAUGUGCUAAUAGAUGUUUAUUAAGCAAACGCACAGCAGAGGAAAUGAAAGUUCUCAAAGUGGGUCUAGAAGUACAACAGAUAUCUGAUCACGUAGAACCGUUUCCCAAGUUUCCGGGUAUUCAGAUUAAGCUUUCGAUAGAUCCUAAAGUGGCUCCAAAGAAAAUAGCAUACAUUCGGAUUCCUAUUGCCAUGGAGGCAAAAGUGGAUGCUAAAAUACAGGAGAUGUUGGACUCUGAUGUGAUCGAACCGGCUACGGGUCCAACAGAUUGGAUUUCCCCGAUGGUCGUAGUACCCAAGGGCAAGAGUGACAUCCGAAUUUGUAUCAACAUGAAGUACCCAAAUGAAGCCAUUCAUCGUGAACAUUUUCCGUUACCUGUCAUAGAAACGUUCCUGAACAAGUUAAGAGGAGCGAGAUAUUUUUCGAAACUUGAUAUAGUUUCGGCUUAUCAUCACGUAGAGUUGCAUCCGGAAUCCCGGGCUAUUACCACCUUUAUGACAGCUCGUGGCUUGAUGCGCUUCAAGCGGCUGAUGUUUGGCAUCAACUGCGCACCCGAAAUUUAUCAGAGGAUAAUGACGGAGAUGCUUGCAGGAAUCGAUGGUGUCAUUGUUUAUAUUGAUGACAUUGUGGUUGUUGGUGCGACGAGAGAACAACACGACUCCCGACUAAUGCAUGUACUGUCUGUUUUGAAGCAAAAUAAAGCUAAAAUAAAUGAUGGCAAAUGUUUGUUCGGAGUCAAAGAGCUGGAUAUUCUGGGAUUCAAAGUUAAUGCAGGCGGAAUUCGCCCCUCCGAUGAAAAAAUAGCUGCAAUCAAAAAUUUUCGCCAACCCAAAUCAAAAGAAGAGAAUGCAUUUGACGACUUGCGUAAUGAACUUUCUACAAAUGUGAGAAAGUUAGGCUACUUUGACCCAAAUGGAGUAACUGAGUUAUAUGUGGAUGCUUCUCCAGUGGGCCUCGGCGCCGUCCUAGUACAGAGGACUGAAGAUAACACACCCCGUAUUAUAAGCUUUGCUUCUAAAGGUUUGACGGAUACCGAAAAACUUUAUCCGCAGGCCCAACGAGAAGCCUUGGCGGUGGUAUGGGCGGUGGAAAAGUUUUAUUUGUAUCUCUUUGGACUCAAAUUCACUAUUUUCACCGACCACAAAACACUCCAAUACAUUUAUGGAGGUAAAUAUCGGGAUGGCCGACGGGCGUGUUCAAGAGCCGAGAGUUGGGCCUUGCGGUUACAACCAUACGAUUUUGAAAUGAAAUAUAUUCCGGGGAAAAGUAAUAUUUCCGAUAUCGUAUCUCGGUUGUGUCCAACAGUAGACAAAGAGUUUGACGAUAAUUCCGAACAUUACCUUUGUGCGCUAGGUGAGGAUUUAGAGGCCAUUACGUUAGAUGCCAUACGGCGUGAAACCGAAACCGAUUCAAUUUUGAAAGACGUGUGUACGGCUUUAAAGGAAGGGAGCUGGCCCACUCAUCUUUACCAGUACCAAGCAUUCGCAAAAGAACUCGGCAUGAUAAACGGAAUUUUAGUGCGGGACGAGAGAAUAGUGUUGCCCCAAAGUCUACAAAUCAGAGCUCUCUCUAUAGCACACAGAGGGCAUCCUGGCAUCAUAGCCAUGCGCCGAAAUCUAAGAGAAAGAUUAUGGUGGCCACGUAUGGACGAUGAUGUUCAGAAGAAAGUUAAGCUUUGUCUUGGUUGUACCGUUGUAAGUCGACAAAAUCCUCCUGAGCCAAUGAUCCGGAGUGAGAUGCCGGAACGUGCUUGGCAGGACAUUGCGAUAGAUUUUUUUACGGCUAAGGAGUAUGCAACUUUUCUAGUGGUUGUAGAUUACUUUAGUCGGUUCCUUAAAGUAAUCGAAAUGAAGGGGACAUCAGCUUCAAAAACUAUAGAUGCACUGGAAACCAUUUUCAACGAACAUGCAUACCCAGAGAGCAUUCGGUGUGACAAUGGUCCACCAUUCUCAAAUGAAUGGGCUUGUAGAGCGGCAGAACCAGGGCAUCCUGAAGACUCUCCGGAUAGCCAAAGCCACAAAGAGUGA